UUGCUUUCAUAAUUGAAAAAUACAGACAGUUGGAGAAAAAAAAAAAGGAUAAAUAGUAAUUAUUAGUGCGGAACUCGACGGGCUACGUGCGGCGACAUCCUUUCCUUCGUCCUCCUCGUCAACAUCUCUCUCUCUCAUCCGCCAUUGCAGAGGGAAGCAUGACCAGUUCCUCAGCUACCUCUCGCAAGACGCUGAGCAAGAUUGCCUGCAAUAGACUCCAGAAAGAGUUGGUUGAGUGGCAGGUCAAUCCUCCUGCCGGCUUCAAGCACAAAGUCUCCGAUAAUCUCCAAAGGUGGGUUAUUGAAGUGAAUGGAGCACCCGGAACUCUUUACGCUAGCGAAACUUAUCAGCUUCAGGUGGACUUUCCUGAGCAUUACCCCAUGGAAGCUCCGCAGGUGAUAUUUCUGCAGCCUGCGCCACUGCAUCCUCAUAUUUACAGCAAUGGCCAUAUUUGUUUAGAUAUUUUGUAUGAUUCAUGGUCACCGGCCAUGACCGUUGGUUCUAUCUGUAUUAGCAUUCUCUCCAUGCUGUCCAGCUCCACAGUGAAGCAACGCCCUGAAGACAAUGAUCGAUACGUUAAAAAUUGUAGAAAUGGCAGAUCUCCGAAGGAGACAAGGUGGUGGUUCCAUGACGAUAAGGUGUAACAAGCCAGAGCACAUCAUUCCCAGCGGUACUUCCUGAAGAAUAGAAUGGCUUCCUUUUUUCAAAAAACCAAGGGGAAGAAGGAAGAAGUUGGGGUGAAAAAAAAAAUGCGGGUUUAAGGGUUAUAACUAUAAGCAGAGAAAGCAUUCUGAGAAACUGAUGAUUCAGCUCAAGUGUUGAAUAGUUUGCUGUAAAUUGACAAUGCUUGUUUAUGUGUAAAGCAGAGAGGGACCUUUGGUGUUUUGUUAACUUUUAAGCGAACAAACUCACUUGGGUGUUGAUAGUUGAUCUUGCUGCAUUGUAAGCUCUCAUAAAUCCUUCAAUAAUUCUUCUGUUUCUAA